AUGCCUGUCUCAAAGAAGGAUCUCGAGCCAGACAUCCAAUACAUGGUCGUGGGAGUGUUGGUGGCAGAAUUUGAGUGGCUGAGCAACAGAAUCUGGUUGCAAGAACACGUAGACGACAAACAUCGUGUUCUCUCUACGCUCCUGUCCCUCAGGUUGACUUGCCAGCAUCUCGGACAAGCCAACAUCAUCAAGGCUGCCGUGUUCAAGGAGGUGACGCUGCAGGCAACGACGCUCAGCAUGAACCGCAUAACCAAUACCAACCUCUCGUCCAUUGCGCCCUUCGUGAGAAAAAUCAAUUUCCUGCCCACUCCCUUCAUCACCAACCUCGAGCUCGGAGAUUUCACCAGAGUGCUGGAAAUUCUGUCGGAACAUGAAUCCAACCUACCUGUUCGAAGUCGCAGGCACGUGGAAACGCAGUGGGGCGCCAUCCCGAGAACAGAAGCUAGGGUGACAAUUGCCUUCAACAUGCACCUUAAACAAGCCUUGCUGGACCAGUCUAGUAUUUAUAGCGGUGAGCUGCUUUGUCUCUGGACUAUAGCGCUUCGGAUCUUCCAGCAUACGACCGAAUUUGAACUGUUCUCGAUCUUCGGCAGGCACCCUCUGGAUCCAAGUGAAGAUUCAGGGAUGACGCAUUGCCCCUCGUGCCUGGAAUCGAAGAACACUCUCUACGACCGCACUGGCGUCUCUGAAGGUCAAAUGCUCAAGACGGCCAUCCAGUGUCUUGUAUCUUCCAACGCGCAAAUCAAGAGCUUUUCAUUGCACAGAACGCUCGCGCAGCACUUCAAGGAAGUGCCGUCUGCUACAUGGGACCUUUUGGAUCUGAGCAGACUUGAGACGCUCAAAUACCCGGACCUGGAAAUCGUGGAAGAUGAGUACGCAGACGACAUUGAGGAACGAGACGCGGCGGCACGAAGAUGCUUGGUCCGGUCCCUUGAAAAGCCUCUCCUUAACCUCAGGGAGUUGAACGUCGACCACUACGUGGAAGUUCCUCGCUUGAAGUUGCCACAUCUUUCGCUAAUAGUCCUUCCAUGCCUUCGCUCUAUCACCCUCGGGGGCGUCCUGGUCAGGGUCCCACGCCUCGCACAUACCGUUACCAGUUGCGUUGCGUUGGAAGACAUUUACCUGAGAAACUGCCACCCUAUGGGACCUGAUGGAUCUGUGGUGGUAGAUCCGGAAGAUCGGGAAUGGGAGCCGUUAUUCGACGCCUUGUCUCAUCAUCCGAACUUGGGACAUUUCACCAUCACCGACCAAUGGGCGUUCAUGACCAGUUACAGCCUAACUGCCAUGCCCGACAUCAACCACGUCGAAGUCCAUCGGCUAUUGCUUCGGACUGACAUGUCGGCCAUUCCUGAAUACGGAUAUCGGGGAAUAUGGGACGCGGCGCUGCUCGUCUACCUUGGAGCAGAGGACUGA